AUGGGGGCGGUGCCAAGCCGGGAGACGCUGCAGCGGGGCCUGUACGUCGUGCGGGCGGCGGGGGGCGGCGGCGUUGGGUGCGGCGGUAAGAGGCAGGAGAUUGUGCUGAUCCCGCUGACGAAGGAGUUCUUUCCCUCCCCCGACUGUGCCCUCUUUGUGCAGUUCCACAGGACCCGGUGCGAUGCGGGGGUGAACUACUACUUCCGCCGCCCGGGGAACCCCGGCGACCUGAGCCGGAUCCCGGCCACAGACAACAGCGACGGGGAGUCCUCCUACCCCUCGCGCGAGGCCCUCUACCGCGGGGUCGUGGAGCGAGUGGAGGAGAUGCUCUUUGACACCGACGAGGAAAUGCGGCAGGCGCACGAGCGUGCGGCGGGGCUGACGACGCCGGAGAGUGGCGCGGGCAAGAAACGCGUCCUUCCCAUCAUCUGCGCGGUGGCCUUCCGCUACGACCCCAGCAAGCUGGCGCAGCAGAACGGCAUCCUCGGCGCCGGCUGCCCACAGCAGCUGCAGAUGGCGAUGGAGCAGGGCGUCUACCUCUGCGGCUCUAUCGUCAACAUCGUCGGCUGCUUUGGGUUCGUGCCGAUGGAGGUGGAGGGGGCGGCGGUGCCCGCCAGCGCGGGGAGUCAGGCGUACUGCUCCGCGACGAGCCCGCCCCGCGCCCCGCCCUCGGUGCCGCGGAGCCAAACGCGCACCUCCGCGGCGCAGUCCCCCGCGGCGCCUCCCCGGAACCGCCACGAGGACCCGUUCGCUCUCUCCGCCGGCCACCACCCGCGCCCCGCGCUGCCGAGGUCUGCGCUGGCGGCAGCCUGCUCUUUGGCGUCGUCGCCGUCGUACGACCCGCACCAGCCCGCGCCACAGCAGCAGCGUCCGCGCGUGCCCGUGCCGGCCGGGCUUAUUCAGCUGGGGGGCAUCGCCGGGUCGAACUACGACCACUUCGUCUCACUGCCGCCGCCACUGGCGGCGGCGCCGUUGGCGGCGAUUGUUUUCCUCACAAAAUCCGCGGGUGAACAAAACCUCAGCCGCAUCACCUUCAUGGCGGCGGGGAUGUACUACAACCAACUCAUUGACGCCGGGUUGCUGCAGCGCCCGGCGAAGCAAACGAUGCAUUCCCCGUACUACGCGAAGCCCUGCAUGCCACCGAUGGAUACGUUUAGCUUCUCCUCGCUCAUGACGAACGUGCCCAUUCUGUCCUUUCUGCAUGAGAUGCGCUGUCGCAUGGGGCACGUGGGCGUAGACCCCCACCUCGGCGGCUCCCAGCACUCGCGCACAAGCUCGCUGGACAGCUCCACGUCGACGCUGCCUGCCAUUCCCGCCGGGUUUACUGAGCCCGCCGGGUUCGAGACGUGGAUCACGGAGGACAACAUGCUUCACGGUCGCAUCGGGAAGCAGCUGGCGGAGCGGCUCUGUCUCGCGCUGGCGGAGCGGCCGGACAUCUUCGCGCGACGCGUGGAGCCGCUCCCCUCGGGCGACGCCUACUGGCGCUUCCGCGGACUUGUGGACCGCCACCGCCCACCGCCCCUCCCCCUCAGCGAGGGCGGCACCACGCCCGUGGACGACCGCGACGUGUACGUCAUGGGGGCCGCCGUGAUGGACGGCUUUGACGAGGGGGACGUGCUGCGCUACGACGCCGAGGUUGGGCUGUGGGUGGCGGACCGCAGCAUCCCGCUAGACGCGGUGGUGCUGGCGGCGAUGCGGCCGCACUGCAAGGCCGCCCGCGAGGCCCCGCCGGAGGACCCCGGCUGGGUGACCACGACGCAGGCGCUGCAGGAGGGCGACGUGGACGACGACGGCGACGACAAUGACGCCGCCGCGGAGGAGGCGGAGCAGCAGGCGGAGGGGAGUCGUGGCGGCAGCCCCCAGGCGAAGCGGGUGGACGCGGCGGCGGGCGCGGGAGAGCGGCGGCGGCACAGGCGCGUCCAUGUGCGGGAGGGGAACUUUUACAUCUACCGCUUCGAGCUAAACGGCAAGACGUACUACCACGGCACGGUCCCGGACUUUGCGAACCCCAACAAACGGAGCGCGCACGGGGCCGCGCUUUCCGCGGUUCCGCGCAGAGACGCCGCUGCCGCGGCGAAGCCUGCACCACCGCCCUCCGCGGGGCCCAGCGGCGCGGGUGCGGGGGAGCGGCGCGGCGAAAAGGCGGGGAGCAGGCGGCCCCCGCCCUCCAUCACCUCCGCCCUCUUCUCCCUUGCGCCGGACGGCGCCAGCGACGCCGCGCAGGAGGGCGGUGUCGCGUACCUCCCCACGCGUGUCACCUCCACCGCCCUAGACACGGCGAAGCGGUGGAUGGGGGCGCUGUUGCAGUACGCCGCGAAUCCGCGGCAGGCCUUCGCCGGGGCCGGCGCGGGCGUCGCGGGUGAGGCAGACCUGCGCUCUCCGCGCCUCAUCUCCCCGCUGGGGGCAUCAACCCCCCUGACGCGGCGACAGCCGACGUUUGUCGAGGUGGGGCCCGACGCAGUGCAGACCGCGGCGCCGCAACACGCGGCGGCGGCGGCGGAGAGUACAGGGUUCGUUAAGCGCUUCGUACAUGAAACUCGGUAUGUGUGGGAUUGGCGGAGAUCGUGA